UCAGCCUCCGUUGACGAAAGCGUCACCAGUGGCUGAGUCUUCGCACUCCAAUACACAGGUCCACCACACACAAACACCACAUGACCACCACUAGACUUGCGACCCACACAAUCAGCCCAAGACGAGUCAGAGAAGGCAGUCAGAUCAAUCCGACCUUCCUUGCCUGGCUCAGCCUUGGACUUGAUCCCCUUGUCUUUUGUCCCACUCAGAUAGCGAAGAACCCUCUUUGCUGCCUGCCAAUGCUCAAGACCGGGCUCGUGAGCGUAUCGUGCAAGCUCCUUGACCACAUAAGCGAUGUCCGGGCGGCACGUGACCGAGCAGAACAUCAAUGCGCCAACGAGUUGCCGAUAGGGGACCUUUUUCAUCUUCGUCUUUUCUUCGUCCGUCUUCGGCGACAUCUCAGAGGUCAGUUGGACGUCGGACGCAUAUGGGAAAUCCACUGAGUUCGCAUUCUCCAUGCUGAAUCUCUUAAGCAUCUUGACAAUGUACUGUGGCUGUGUGAUCUGCAGGGUCCUCUCUUGCGAUCGCGGAUGAUCUUGAGGCCGAGAAAGCCGCCAACCUCGCCCAGGUCCUUCGUCGCAAACACGCUUGACAGCUGCUGCUUGAACCAGGUGACCCCCUCUUGUUCGCUGACGAUGAGAAUAUCCUCGACGAACACCACAAGGAGGAUGUUGUUGUCCUUGUGCAGGUACACACAGGGCUCCUGAGGGUGGCGAACGAACCCUCUGUCGAGUAGUUGGUUGUGGAGGGUGAUGUUCCAUGCUCGCGGGGCUUCCUUGAGGCCAUACAAUGCCUUCCAUAGACGAACAACAUGGCCGGGCUUCUUAUAUCCAGGGGGGCACCGCAUAAAGACAGGCUUGUCCAGCGGGGCGUUGAGGAAUGCUGUGUUGAUGUCCAUCUGAUGUAUCUCCAAGUUGAGUUGAUUCGCCAGGGCAAACGCCGAUCGAACAAUGUGGUAGGAGGGCGUAGGGGAAAACACGUCAUCCACUUGGUUGCCGUCUUGUUCGAAUCCUCUUGCGACGAUGCGGGCUUUGUACUUGUCAGGCUUCAGGGCAAAUACCUAUGUGCAUGAGAUGAUCUUGGUCGUUGCGGCGUUUUCCGGCACGUACUCAAACACUCCCAGGUCUUCAAUCGACUUCAUCUCACAAUCCAUAGCUUCUUUCCAUUGGUCUGCUGCUGUUGACUUUAUCGCUUGGUCAUAGGUCUUUGGUAUGGUUGGCUGAAAUAGCCGUGGAAGUGAUGGGUCUUGUGCGGUCUUGUCGUCUUCAUUCACAAAGAGCAGGUCAGGAUGAUCGAGGAAGUGGUCUUUAUAGACGCGUCCAGGGAUGCGUCGCUCAUCCGUUGUUCUUGUCGUUCUUGUCUGUUGCUUAUCACUGUCUUCCUCCCCCUCUUGACCAUUGCCGUCUUCUUUAAUGAUCGUCAUGUCAUCUUGGGCAUCAUUUGUCUCCUGAUGCUGGUGUGGUUCGUUAUUGUCGUCGUGUAUGUCUUCGAUUGCUCAUAAGGGCUCGCUCACAAGUGUCUCGGGUCGUUGUAGGUAGAUGAGAUCGAUUGCUGGUGGUGCUCGUGGCUUCUUCUCUUGUCCACGCAGUAUCGCCUCGUCAAACACCACAUCGCGUGACAGCACCAAUUGCCGUGUGUGCGGCAGGUACACCAAAUAGCCGUCCUUGGUCGCUGGGUCAUACUCAAGUAAGAUGCCGAUCUGCGUGCGAGGGUCCAUCUUGCCAAUCGUCUCUUUCCUCUGGUUGAUGUGUGCCUUGCAGCCGAAGGUGCGGAUGUGGCCGACAUCGGGUGGAUAGCCGAUGAAGAGCUCAUGUGGCGUCUUCAU